AUGUUUUCCACGAUGGACGAGAAGAAAGUCAAAUCAAGUGCCGAGCUUGAAGACCAAGGCAUCAUAUGUAGCGAGCAGAUCCUGGUGCCCGUUAUCACCAGUCUUGGCCACAAGGACGCGCGCGCGCUCGCGCGCGCUUGCUGCCUGUGCCGCGCGUUCAACGCCGCGGGCUCCGCUGGCCCCCUCUGGAAGGAGAUCUGCCGGGCGCGCUGGCCGGAUAUUCCGCUAGAGGGGCUCGCAACUCUUGUAACCUUUGUGGGGGGAUUCAAAAAGCUGUACGCAGUGCCCCGGUACUUGGAAGUCGUGAGCUUCAAAUGCACGAAGGAGGUGCAAGCGAUUCUUCCGGGAAGGGGCGCCGGGUUGGGAAUUUUCAUCAAGCGGGUUCCGUUCCUUUUGUCGCUCAAUAAGCUGUCCCCGGGCCUGAUCCUCGCUCCGGCUGCAAAACCGUUUGACGUGGCAGAGUUUGGUUGGGGCGUGGUAUCUGAAGAUCAGGUUCAAAAGAAUGCGGCCAAGCCGGGGGUAGGGAAGGAGCUGUACCCGUUUCAUAUGCGAGAGUUUAUAGAAGGGUUUGGAACCGUUUGGGACCUGAACAUGGAGGUCAAGCGGUCCGUACUGUCCGGAUACGAGAUCACGCGUGGGGUGACCUCGCACUUCGACAGAGCAACAAAACACAGCUCAGAGGUCCCGUUCAAGCUGCCAGGUUGUGAGAUCCACCGCAAACCAAAGCGGCGCCAAGGAUUUGCCGGCGAAGAGGCGGAGCUGUAUGUUUUUCCGAUUGAAAAGUAG